GGGCCAGCCGUCAACGAAUCGAGAGAUGUUGGACGUCGUUAACAGCCACAUAGAACGUUACGAACGGGCAUUGAGACAAAGGCUGAGAAUUGACAAACUAUUGCACCAUUAUCUCCGCCAGCAUUAGCCACAGCCUCCAGUGCUCUCCAUGGUUCCUCGGAUUGAUGCUUUCUGAUGCUCGUUUAUGCAAACAAUUACCUGAAGUGUGGGAUAUUUGAAGUUUUACAAUUCCAUAAGAGAGAUUGUCAAUUCUGCAUUAAAAGAAAGGGAGCUUUACUUGUUUUCCAGCUUCUUUCCACGCAUGUUAUCUUACUAGAAAAAGUGUUAGAUAUAAAGAGAUGUCAUCUCAAGUCACGGAAAAGAUGGAAAGCAGUGUGGCUGUGAAGGAGUACUUGCAAGGUUUUCCCCUUCCAUCUUCAUAUGAAGCUGCCAUGGAGGCACUUUCCUCUCUCAUCACUGGUAAAAAACGUGGAGACAAAUCAUCUGCUAGUACAUUUGGAAAAUUGGAAAGAAUGUCCGAGUAUCUUAAGAUUCUUGGCUUGGAGGAGCAUUUAGAUGGGCUCAAAAUAAUUCAUGUGGCUGGAACUAAGGGAAAGGGUUCCACAUGUACAUUUUGUGAGGCUAUUUUAAGGGAAUGUGGUUUUCAAACUGGACUUUUCACUUCGCCCCACUUAAUUGACGUGAGAGAACGAUUUCGUAUAAAUGGGUUGGACGUAUCUGAAGACAAGUUCCUACUGUAUUUUUGGGGUUGUUGGUACCAAUUGAAGGAAAAUGUUACAGAGCGCCUGCCAAUGCCCCCGUUAUUUCAGUUCCUCACCAUUUUGGCUUUCAAGAUAUUUAUUUGUGAAAAGGUUGAUGUUGCUAUCAUUGAAGUUGGUCUUGGGGGAACUACGGACUCAACAAAUGUGAUCAAAAAGCCUGUUGUCUGUGGUAUUACUUCUCUGGGGAUGGAUCAUACAGAGACCUUGGGAAAUACCCUUGGGGAGAUAGCUUCACACAAGGCUGGAAUUUUCAAGCCUCAAAUUCCUGCAUUCACGGUGCGCCAACUUUCUGAAGCAAUGGAUGUUAUUCUGGAGAGAGCGCAUGAACUGAAGGUCCCAUUGAAAGUAGUGGCACCUUUUGAUAACAAAAAGUUGGAUGGCUUGAAGCUUGGCUUGUCUGGUGAUCAUCAGUUCAUUAAUGCUGGUCUUGCAGUUUCCCUUUGUAAAUGUUGGCUUCAAAGAACAGGGAAUUGGGAAAAGCCAUUCCAAAAUGAUACCCAGGAAGCAGAUUUGCCUGAGGCUUUUCUAAGAGGUCUUUCAACCGCACAAAUUUCUGGAAGGGCUCAGACUUUUUAUGACACUCACUCCAAAUCCAGUGAUUCAUUAAAACUGUCUGAAACUUCUUGUGGAGAUCUGAUUUUCUACUUGGAUGGAGCUCAUAGUCCCGAGAGCAUGGAAGUUUGUGCCAAUUGGUUCUCUAGUGCUGUGAAUGAAAACAAGAAAUCAUCUUCUUCAUUUAAGGAUAGAAAUUUGGAGGAAGUCUGGGGGAAUGGUAACAUCCAACAUGAAAUCAGGAGCAUGGAGGAGUCAGAAAAAUCAUUAAAGCGGAUUCUUUUGUUCAAUUGCAUGGAUGUGAGAGACCCUCAUAUUCUACUUCCACGGCUUGCAAGUACAUGUGCUUCAUCAGGAACUCACUUUGCAAAAGCACUUUUUGUACCAAGUAUGUCAACAUAUAACAAGGUUACUUAUGGUGCCUCAGUCAUUCCUUCAGAUAUCUCUGGGAGGGAUUUGUCUUGGCAAUUUAACCUCCAGAGACUUUGGGAGAAGAUUAUCCAUGGGAAAGAAGUAGGUACUUUUCAUGACAAGGGUGCCAGGAUGGACAAUACAGCAAUUGUACCACCUCAUGAAUUUCUUUACCUGGAUGCUUCUCAUUGCAGUCCUGUGGAUAAUUAUUUUGCUUGCAGUGCAGUAAUGCCUUCAUUGCCAUUGACGAUAAAAUGGCUGCGAGAUUGUGUCAAACAAAACCCAUCCUUAAAAGUUCAGGUUCUUGUCACUGGAUCAUUGCAUCUGGUUGGGGAUGUACUCAAGCUAUUGAAGAGGUGAUAUAAACUAUACAGCGCCAAAAAUAGGGUUGUCCAAAACAUUCUCUCACUCAUUACAUCACAUUGAUUCUACCCGACUAAUUUCGGAGGUGCACAGGCCCUCGGUAAAGAGUUUUCUGCCACUGCAUCUCGGUUAAUUCAAUGGAAAAAUCCCUCAGUCCUCUGGCUCAUAAAGAUUGUUUGCACCUAAGGGGACUUGAACUUCAAGCUUGAGGAGAGAUAGGGUUUUUUUUUGUUUUUGGCUAAUAACAUUGUUGUAUUGAGAAAAACAUUGCACAAUUUAAUAAAACAAAUAAUUGAAGUAAAUAAACAGUUAGCAGCAUUACAGACACCAUGUGCAAGCAAAUCAAGACCUUCCAUACUAUCAAUGUAUCAUUGCUCCCUGCAGGUUGCAAGUCAUGUUGCUCUUUCUGCUACCUUUGAGGGAAAAAUAAGGAUAAUUCGAACGUUGGAUAUUGCAUUGUAUUUCUUUCUUUUUUUUUGUAAAAUAUGGUAGAGAGAUCAGUUCUAUUA